GGUGCCGCUGCAACGGCCGCGCCGGCUGCGGACACCCGCGGCUGCUCCCGAGCGCGCCGGACGGAGCCCGGCCAGCGCAGCCAGACCUGCCGCCCUCCACAGCCGGCGCACAAUGGCUGACAAAUCGGCCAAACCAACAAACUCCCAUGAGGGAGCUGCGGCAGGAGAAAUAAGUGCACUGGAAGAGGCCUUUAGAAAAUUUGCCGUCCAUGGUGAUACAAGAGCCACAGGAAAAGAAAUGCAUGGGAAGAACUGGUCAAAGCUGUGUAAGGACUGUCAUAUCAUAGAUGGGAAGAAUGUGACAACCACAGAUGUUGACAUUGUCUUCAGUAAAAUCAAGGGAAAGUCUGUAAGAACUAUUACUUUUGAACAGUUUAAGGAAGCUCUUCAAGAACUCUCCAAGAAGCGAUUUAAAGGCAAAAGUGAUGAGGAAGCACUUCAAGAAAUAUAUAAACUAAUUGAAGGAAAAGGCCCAGGUUUAACUGGAGUAACGAAAACCGUUGCAUCUCCAACUGUUUCACGCCUUACAGACACUUCAAAAUUCACAGGUUCUCACAAAGAGAGGUUUGAUGCCAGUGGGAAAGGAAAAGGCAGAGCUGGCCGAGAAGAUCUGGUGGAUAACUCAGGAUAUGUAUCUGGUUAUAAGCAUGCAGGCACAUACGAUCAUAAAGUACAAGGAAACAAGUAAGGCUGAGGGUUUACAACACAGAGGGGGAUAGAGUAUAUAUUUGUAAGGAUGACGUUAUGAAUCCCACAUGUUUCGGUUUUUGUGAAUGUUGAGACUAUGUUGUCAAGAAGUUGUCUUCAGGAACUGGAACUGAUUUCAACAUCUGCUGAGCUACAUGCAGCACAAUGCCACUUCAUUACAUUCCUCAUGCAUAUAUUGGCAAAAAUAAAUAAAUAUGUAGGUAUAAAAAAAAAAUAUCAUUUUGUUGAGCUUUAGAUGAAAAAACCCAAACGAAAAAACAGCAAAGCCAAAGUCAAGAGCAGUUAUACUACACUUUGUCAAUUCAAGCAAAAUAUCUCAAACAUUCCUAAUGUUCAGUUGCCCUGAUUAUGUCAAAGAGAACCUCUUGAAAAGAGGAUCUUUUGUAGCAGUCUUUCUGAAGAAUAUCCCAUUACUUAAUGCAGUUUUAUUUGACUACUGUUUUGGGGUUUUUCUUUAAAUGUCUUAUAUGGGAUCUGGCACUUUUCUUAAACCAUUCAACAAUAUACUAUUGGGAAGUAAAUGGUAGUAAUAUACUAGGUGCUAGCCUGUGAUUGUCAUAUACCACUCAUGGAAAAACUGAAAAAAAAGCUAUUUCUAGGACAGUAUAGGCUCCUAAAGUAUUUUAUGUCAACAGAAAGAGUUGGAAAAUACCAGCCCUUAACUUCCCUCCUGUCUAUACUUUGUGCUUGUUAUUGUGUGUACUGUAGCACGGUUCUGACUGGCUGGAUUUGGAUGGAGCUAUUGUACUAACCUGAGAGGUAAAGAACAAGACAUUACUAAGAAAGUCUAGUAAAGGAUUUUCACAGUCUGUUUUCAAGUUUGCACUGCCUUGCAUUGGAAGUGAAGGGAGCAUUAAGCUAAUAAUGCUUUAAAAUAUUGUUUAUGACUGAACACUGCCAAUCAGAUUGCUAUUAAAUGAACGUUACUUUGCACAUGUGUUGGCACGUAGUCCCUUUAAGCUCUAACAUACGCAAGGAAAGCUUAUGGCCCCUUGGAGUAAGGACAUUUACAAUUAAUAUCUAUGUAAUUAGGUGCAUUUACCCACAAAAAACCCUUAAACCAUUAUAACUGGGCUACAUUUUAUGUUAGAUUCAUUUGAAGCCAAGGGCUUUGAUUCUCUGUUCACUCUUGCUGCCAGACUUGGGAGUAAUAGUAUUUCUGGGAAUGGCUUUCCACUGUUACCAGGAGAACCAGUCCCACAGGUGUAAGGUACAGACAGCUGAGUGUGACCUAGCUGGGGUCCAGAAUGCCAAAAGAAAUUAAUUGGAAUAAAAAUAACUUUUUUUAAAGUAUGGGUUGAAAAGGAGAGAAAAGGCCAUUCUAAUUUUCUGCAAGAGCUGAACAAGUACCCUGAUGUAUUACUCUGAUUCUCUAAAGUUAUGAAAGAUAGGAUGUUCAGUAUUCAAAACCAGCUCUUUGCAGUUCUUCCUUGCUUUCUUUCAAAAAGAGCUUGUGCACUGAUUUUCACAUUCAACUCUGAAUAAAGCUUAAUAGAUGUAUUGCUCUCCCCCCACCCCUAUCAGCAUUCCACUCAGAGUACAUAAAAUGUAGGUGAGCAGUGUGUGCUGUUAUGUGCCAUGCAGGUGAAUAGUCUCAAUUUGGCCAAUGUAUGGAAAAGGGAGCACUGUUUUUCAGCCCUUAAACUGUUCAUGUUUUGUUCUACUGACAUUGUGUGGUAUCCUGUCUUGUAACUUUGCCCUCAGUGACCCUUUGAGCCCAUACAUCAGCCUAAAACCAAAACAAUGCCAAACGAAAGUCAAGGGCUUCCUUGUGGACUUGGACAUCCUUUUGUUUGUUUAUAGUUUAUUUUGGUGUUUGUUUUUAAGGGGGAGGGAAGUUUGACAAAACUCAGCACACACUGUCGUAAAGAUUUAAAUGGCUUUUCGCACGGAUGGCUUUGGUUACCUGGGUAGAUUUUAGAUGUGUGUAAAGAUGCUCAGGAUGCAAAGUGUUCAGCUUUGUGAACCCUUUCCAAGAGUUACCCAGUGUUCUUGAAGAAUGAAGGGUUAUCCACUCCUGUGCAGCCAAUGGGGACCUGUCACACUCCAAAGCAGAAAAUAGGAUACUUGACACCAACAGCGGCUAAAUUAUUCUGGCAUGGGAGUAAACUGUCUAAAUCUAAAGAACCUUCUUCAUUACUGGUGCCUGUGCACCUGAAGAUGGCUCCAGGAUAGUCCUGGUUUUUUAUCAAUAAAAAAGCUGAGCCUCCAACCUUGAUGAAUCGUUCAGUAAGUUACAGGCAAAAUCAGUGUCCCUGUUUUUCCUUUUGACUUUAAGACUUGACUAAUAACUCACUGGUAAUGGACAAGCCUCACUAAAAGGUGAAGUCCAGUCUACUGCAGAGUCCUGCCGGCACACUUUUGACCUGGCUGUUUAUUGCUAGCUGUCUGCCGUGUCUGGCACAUCAGGUCUUAGGUGCACAACGGACAGGCUUUCUCAGGUACCCAAAUACAGAGUGUCAGUAAUGCCAGAAUGUUUCCAUACAGGAGGAGUGAUUGGUUAGGAAGAUUUUAAGGUAUAAUUAGGUUUGAAGUUGUUCAAAGUGAGAGAGAUCAGCACACUCACAAGACAGGAGGCAUGCAAGGGAAUUGAGAGCGCGGACAGAUCCAAGCUGGCACUGGCUAGAAAUUGAGCUACUCUAUUCUGUUAUAAGAGGCCGAUGGAAUGAGCUGAGGUUCUGCCAGAGUUUACUUUGCACUGCUUGUGCAGUAUAAAAUCCCUGCCAUGAACCAAAAGCACUUUAUAUGGACUUGAUGCAAACUUUGAAAUUCUUUCAAUGGCAUGGUUAAGCUUCGGAUCGGAACCUGAGAAGAUGUCAGAUGGCAGUAUUUUGAGGAACACACUCCUUUGUUUCUUCUUUGUUUCUACAGUCUGAUAGUUUUAAACCUCAAAGUGGUGCAUGAAAAGAAGUCAUUCUGAUGUGACAGUUACAAAGGAAAGUUGUGGCUGGGAAGAUAGUACUUAGUAAAGGUUUUUCUCUUUUACUAUGCUUGGUGUGAAAGAUAAUGGCUAUGAAUAAAAGCAUCUUAUGCAGCUGUGUAUUAGGGGUUCACUACCUACUUAAUUCUUACUAUUCCACUAAUAUUGGUAGGAAAUUAGAAGUCUAAAUACUUGCUUGAUUAUUAGCUCUUAAGUUCCAGGCCUGCUUGGGAAUGAGGCAAAGUACAUUUUCUUAUUCUGCUAUUCCCUCAACUCUCAGGACAGUAAGUACAGCUUAUACCUCAAAGAUGACAGGAAGGGAUAGCUGAGGAGGUGCAGGAGGUGCCCCCUUUUUAAGCCGUUAGAGUGUUGUAGAGCAUAUUCUCUUCCGAUGCACCAUGCUGCAGACUGUAACUAAAUUCAUGCCUGAAGUAAGGACAUGGGAACCUAAUAAGGUUUACUGUCCUCUCUUUUUGCAGGGGCAUCUCAAUUCAUUCUAUCUAAAUUUCCAGCCUGAUUUUCAGCAUCUUACACUACAUAGCACUGUGUUAUGUGACAUCUUCUAUAAAACCCUGUUGUUCCUAAUUAUCUUUGCUUUCAUUAUUACAGAAGAUGCUACCAAAAGAAAUGUGCUCAGAAAGUUCAGAUGGCUUUUAGAAAUAACCGCCUUAAAGAACAAACUUAAAUUUUAUUUAAAUGCUGUGGCAGUACACAAUCCUUACCAGUAUGUCUACAGAAGCUUAACCUGACCAUCAAAACCUUUACAAGAACAAGAAAUAAAAAUCCUUACUGAGGCAAAUAAAUAGUCCUUACAAAUAAUUUUCUAAAAAUAACUUAGUUUUUAAGUAAAAUACGCAGCAGUCAAAAGGGAUUUUCUUACAAGUGCUUGCUUACUAAUUCCCUUUAGUCACUCCAUGAGCUUUAGUUGAAAGUUUUGCAACCAUCAUUAUGGAAAUAUUAAAACCAAAAAUGGUUGUCCUGCUCUUCGUGGUUAUCAAAGCUAUCACAACAGUAUUACUGAGAAGCAGACAUUCAACACACACAUAGUUUCAUGAGUCCUAUAUGAACAGUUGUCAUUAAUUGUAAUCGAAUAUUUGGAAUCCCAAGGGAAAUGUUGAAUAUUAGACUGUAGCCAGAAUUUAGCCCCCUUUUUUUUAAACCUAUAAUACUUCUUACCUCCUUUUCAUUUAGGGGAGGGAAAGGGAGAUUUCCAAACUACUCACAUGUCACAGCUUGUGUGUUUCAUCAGCACAGAGAUUGUCUUUCAAAGAUACUUUGAAGUAUGUGUGUUACUGACCUUACCUAAAUUAAAAUUUCGUCUGACAAUUUUUGAGCAUUACAAAAAGCUUUCUUCACACAUUACCAUUUCAGACAUCCGUAUCUUCACUUCUGUUAUCUCGAUUAAUAUUAUUUAUGGUAGCUGGAAUUAGGCAGAAAAAAAAGGCAAAUGACUACUAUGGGUUGGCUUGCAAGUGAUAGGUAUCCCAGCCAUCUGUAACCAUCUGUAGAGAAAAUCCUCAUGUAUAUUCCUCCAAAACCAAAACUUUAAAGUUGUAAUUGAUAGGUUUUUUCUGUAAGGCUUUUCAUAGUUAUAAAAUGAAUUUCAAUUCUUUGUGCCUGCAUGUAUGACAGUCAAAACAUAACCUUGCCUUCAGUGAUGCAUGUAUUCUGGGGGCACAUGCCUGUCAUCUGUGAAUAAGAAUUCUCUGUUUGCACUGGCCAAGAGCAAACCUUUUACCUUCAUGAUAGAGCAAAUGUAACAUGUUGCACUGGUAUGUGUCCUCUUAACUGACUGUCAGCCUUGCGUGUGUGCCAAAAUAACGACACCUUUGUGUACGUUGUUUGUAGUGUGAAUAUUAUGUUCUUGGCUUGUCACUUAGUUGGUAUUAAGUAAUGUAAUGCACAAGACUUGUGUAGGUUUGUGUGUGUGUACACAUACUCUUUGGAUCCAGCUUAAGUGAUUAAACUGUAUAAAUAUUGAUGAAAACCUUAAAUCUUAUGAAGGCCAAGCUCUAGUUCUGCAGCCAGUGCUGUUCAGCUUGGCCAGUUGGGGACACUGUCAUUCUCCCUUCAUAGCACAAAGGUAACGAUCUAAGGAGGCCUUUACAGUUUUACCUGUCUACCCUGUUCUGAGAGAAAUCACUUCAGCAAUUCUAACAUAGACUUGGUGUGACAAGGGAAGUUUCUCCAUGGUAAGGAAGUAGGAGAGAGAGAGUUAGGGUGAAAGCAAGCUUUCCUCUGAGUGCUCUCAAGAAACCAUUUAAAACUAUACUCUCCAUGGGCCCUAUAUUUUCCUUUGCCCCAGCUUUGUGAAGCAAGCUGACACUGACUGUGUAAACAGUGUAAACAGUUGUUCAUCAUCCAUUAGUAAGUAUAAAGCUGUGGUAUAAUGAGUUGGGAACAGGAAACAGGAGUGUCAUACGUUGCUUAUGGAGUCAAGUCUUGCUUGGACCUUUAUAAAAUUAAAUACCAGAAGCAUAAUGACAGCUCUUAAACUUGUGUGAAAUUCUUAAAGUCUGGAGUACCUCAGAUUGAUAUGUGUACCUCCUGUAUUUGGAGUGUUCGCCCAUAAAAUAUCAUUUAAACAGUCAGUUGCUCAUUUUGUGCAACCCCAAAGUGCCCAUUUGGCUUACUUAAUAUGAGCUGGAAGUGAUGGUCAGGGUUGUUCUUUUUAAGUCUUCAGAAUCCUAGAACUACUAAGAAACCUGUAGUUGCAUUUGUGCUUGCUCAUUAAACUCAAAACCAAUGCUUUGAAUGAUGUCCCAGCUAAGAGUAAUGCUUCUGGAAGUAAAAGAAUAUUGCAGAUAGAACCUCCACGUCUUAGUUGUCCAUGUAAUUUAUUUUUGCAGGGAGAAAAAUCUAUUAAUAUAUUCAGUAUUUUUUCAUGUUUUUCAGUAUAUUAACCUUGGUAUAUUGCUUCAAAAACCCUAUGGAGAAGGUGGAUUUCAACACAAGUUUAAGAUACAGCUCUUGGCUUUGUUGUCAGAAAAUAUUUGAAUUGGCUUAUUUCAUUCAAACUAAUUGAUCAUCCACUCAAGGUAGACUUUGGCAAGAGUAAGCCUGAUCAUAAAUAAAAAGGGGAAAAAUCCAGCCUCUUUGCUGAGCAUUCUUCCAGAUAUUUGCAGUUCUGGUAGUCUGAAACAAUUUUUUAAAAAAGAAGUUAUCUUUUGUAUUCAUGCACAGAUAUACAUGAAGGCAAAACUACAGAAGAGGCUUUUUUUUUUUUCUCUUUAAACCUUGCAUUUAGAAAUUGACAUUGAAAUGCCGAACUGACUAACCUGAUUUGGAAAAAAUGCUAAGCUACUAUCAUAUUCCAUUGCAGCUAAAUAGCCAAUGAAUUAAUUUUCAAAUACAGUUAUACAGCAUCUCUUUUUUGUGAGUUACUGUAAAGCUUAUGGCACUGUACAAAGUGAGUUUUGAUGUCAACAUUUGUAAAGGUCUUAAUGCUCAUGAUAAUUUGCCCUUACCUCCAGUUAUCUUCAUGCAAAAUUUUUCUACUACUUUGCAUAUUUUUCAGAAAAGAUCAGAAACAUAAAUAAAGUUACAGUCAAGUAAAUUAAAAAUGUGGCCCUAAAAGUACACUCAGUUCAUCCAUCUUUGCAUCAGGAGCUACAUUAUAGAUCAGCAACAAAAUAAAAAAAGAUGGCAGUCUGAAUCCCUACAGUGGUAAAUUAUUUUAAGUUCCAGUUUACAUCAGAUGAGUUUCUGUAUGCUUACAUUUGCUCAAAUGCUAUUUUUAAACAAAGUAAUUAAAUAAUGUGAAAUAAUACAGCCUGGGCUCUGUUAAAUAGGGUUCUAUUAAUGCAACUGAAAUGCUGUGUAUGUCUGUAAUAUUCAUGCUAAAUAUGUAAUAGAUCUUUACAAAGGCUUUGUGUAAAGUCAGUUAACCUACAAACUGAUGUCCUGUGUAAAAUCGUGUUGGCAAACUACUUUUGUUAGCACUGUAGUGUAUGAAAAGGUAAGAUCAUAGACAAAAACAAGUUAUAGGGUGCAAAAAAGUGUGUUUGUUUUUAAUCUUUGUACUGGCUUCAGAAUAUAUCGGCUUUGGCAAAUUCUUGCAGCAGGGAAAUUUUUUUGUAUAAUGCUUAUAAUACAAAGUAAUAUGUCUUUACAUUCUCUAAAGCAGAGAAAUGGUCAAUGUUGGAUAAGUAUAUUGAAGUUUAUUCUUAGCAAGGUGUUAUGUUUCACAGAUUUAAAUAUUAGAGGGGAAAUAUAUAUUUAUACAGAAGUAUAAUUUUUGAAUGAGAUUGAUUUUCUUCAGUCAUGAACAAUUUAUUUAUCCACAUUAUGCUUUAUUCCUUUGCUAGGUUGUUUAUCAGUCCAUGCUGUUCCAACAUCCAUUUCUAAUUCAAUUAGAUGUUUUGAUUCUUUGUUUGCACAAAUCUGGAUGUGCAUGCUGUCAGGACCUGAUCAUAAAGGGUGGAGGCAAAACUGUUUUGUCUAUGAUUACCUAGAGCACUAGUUAAAAUUUAAUCAUUACGCAGCUGGGAUAUGGAGAUAGGUCUUGACAUAGUCUUCCUUGGAGCACUGUACACCAUGAUAAAAACUUCCAUUGAAGCUUACUAGUUUUUGUUCUUAUUUUCACUUGUCUCUCAUCAACCAGGAAGGUGCUGUGUGCUAAUAAUUACCUGCAAUAUUUCUAAUUGCAGGCUUUGCAAAUAUUAACAUGCAGCUGUAUUAGCCUACUGUGUUCACUGUGAAAUUUUCAACAUGGUAAAAAUUUUACAUGAUCAUUUAACCUUACAAGUUUACUUUUUCUCAUCAAUUUAACACUGAAUCUUCAUUAUUGCAAAUGAACAACUUGAGCGUAGCAUUUCUUAAUCUUAACUAUAGUAGAUAAACAUGUCCUAAGCAAAGAUUUUUAACCACUUGAUGAAGGGGGCCAGGCACCAUUCAGUGCAAAGCACGCUGGGCAAAAUCUUAUCCCCACUGCAGCCAGUUCCAAAAUUCUACCUGGUGUUAGCAAAAAUAGAACCACCAUUACCAAGGGGUUAAUAGGCUUAGUAACCAUGACAAGAGGUUGUGGGGGAGCACAACAGUGAUUCUCUAUUUCCAUGUCUUUUGUUUCUGUUAAUUUAAAACUACUACUCUUCAAUCUUUAAAACAAGUAAAAGAAACUUGAAGGGGGGAAUCAUAUACUACUAGUUUGUACUAGGUUUUUUCAGGAAAAGGAAACAAAUUUAUAUAUAUAUAUAUAUAUAUAUGCAAUAUAUUUUUACACUGUUUAUUAAUGCUAGAAAGUAUUAAAUGUAUCACUUUAUCUGUGUGAAUGUUAAAGUAAUGACAAUGUUAUGGAUGUUUUAAGCCUUUUGAAGUUGUCUUGUUAAAUUCUAAACCCACAUUAACAAUGGAAAAGCUACUUUGUCUGCAACAUUAUUGUUGAUGUUUUAGGGGAAAAGUUCAAGUGCAGCAGUUGUUUUGAUUAGCACUGUAAAAGCUUGGCUUGAAAAGUUAUAGUGAAAUCCAUAUUUUAAACACCAUUUCUUUAAAGCAUAGCUUCUCAUAAAGUACGUUACUGCUGUUGACUGACUGUAUAAAAUUGUAUUUUUAGUUGGUAAAGUGAUCAAUAAAUGUGUUACUAUGUCA